AUGAAUGUAAUAUUAUUGGUACAACGUUCUGUGCCAGCGAAAGAAUUUAAUAUUGAUCGAGUUUGCAAUGCAAAAGGAUUAUCAGCGUCUGCAUAUAUUCUGAAGCAAGCAUUUCGACGAUAUAAAAAUUUAGAAAAAGCUUUCAAUUUAUCUGAAGAAUUUCGAGAAGAUGCUCAGAUUCAAUCUAGUAGUUGGGAAAAUAUAGCCAAAGCUUUAUUAGAUGGCUUUUCCGACAAUGUAUUUGUAUCUACGAGAAUACUGCAAGGUAAAGCACAGCAAUUUUUAAGAUACAAUCUACAACAACGAACAUUUGAUCCGCAGCAACAACAAUCGGACGAUACGCCUACAGUCGCAGUUAUUGACAGAUCGUCAACCCUUCGAACAGGAAAUAAAGGACUUUUACCGGCAUCAUUGGUUUUAGCUCGAGAUGUACAGUAUUUGACCGUUAUUCGUUCGACAGCUAUUAUUUCUUUCGUCGGUAAAAUCGAGCCACCAUGGCUAGAAUAUCAAUUUAAUCGUAAAAUGAAAUUGAAUGCAGCUGAAGAACAAAAAUUAAAUGCCGACAAUAUACUACAGCAAGCAAUUCAAAAAUUUCCUCAUAUUCAAAUCAAAAUUGUUGAUAGUAAAAUAGUAUUUCGUGGUUCUUCAGGUUAUAUUUUGAAUGCAGAGCUUUUCAUUCGUCAACAACUAACGACUACAUUACUAUUCACAUUAGAGUCGGAUUCUCCAAACGAUGAAAACGAUACAUUAACUAGAAAUUUGAAGAGUGUUACAAAUAUGCCUAUUGAUCUUUUUGGUCCCCUACGAUGGCGAUGGGAGGCUGAACAACAAGUAAAAGUUCGAACAAAAAUGAAUACUAAGAAAAGAACGAUUACCGUAACAGUUGAAGGUCUUGAUUCACAAAAUCAAGCUGUCAAAAAAGAAUUCAUGUCAUUUCUAAGUUGGCUCCGCAUGUGUGCAGUAAUUCGUGAUCCACAUUCAGGAGUUGCUCCUCGUGUUCUAAAGCCACAGAUACGUCAACAAUAUCGGUAUAUGGAAGAAAGAAUCGGUAAAAUAACUGAUCCGGAUCGUACAUCCAUUGACAGAUGGAAAAGUCUGAAAGGUCCGGCAGCUACACGUGAAACUCGUAUGGAAGUGGUAGCCUGGAUCGCUGUUUGCCUGUUUGACUGCCGAUUAGAAGGUGGCUUUGUUCGAGAUUGGGUUGUUGGCGAUUAUUCAUCAAAACCCACCCAUAUACCACCACAACAAUGGGUUCAUUAUGACCCAAAAUCUGGCAUGCCGAUAUUAAAUAGAGAUCUCGUCCCAUCGGAUCUCGAUUGUCAUUUACCAGCUGCGAAGCCGUUUGAUGUUGAAGCGUUUCUUGACGCACUAUAUGGAUACGGUAUUAUAGCAAAAGCAUUCAAACAAGACUGGCGAUACGUAAUAUUAAUAGAUGAAAAUACCAAGACCGGCCCGUUUACGAUGGAUUUAAUAGAGCCACAUAUCGCUCUCACGCAUGAUAGAAUUGACUUCGAUGUUAGUAAUUUGUCGUUGGAGAAACUCUACACUAGAGAUUUGGGUAUGCGUGUUGAUAUUACAGGUAGUCCUUCCUCGAUUCAACUUGAAACUAUCGUAGAAAAUAUUCGCAGAAAAGAGUUUCAAGUUUUAAGAUCGAUUGAUGGUGAAAAUAGGCCGAAUACAUCAGGAACGGUUGCUGAGCGUAUAGAAAAAAUGAAAUCUAGAGGAUGGAAACCGAUUGGUAAACCAUUGAAUUUUAUUCCGAAUCCACCAGCAAGUUACAAUGCUAUUCUCGUGCCGUAUCCAGUAUCAACAGUACUCUAUAAGAAUAUUGUCACGGCAAUGGAAACUAUAAACGGAGCACGAGUUAUUUCGAUUGAACAAAUUAAAAAUCCUGAUAUUGAAUCACUAUAUGAAUAUAUGAAAAAACAAAUAUCGAAAGAAUGUCGAGAUAAUGAUCCCAAUGAACGUGAACUAUAUCAUGGAACGAGUGGCGAUGCUGUUGAAGGAAUCAUCAAUCGAGGAUAUGAUGAUCGACAUUUUUCGAAUACAGGAGCAUGGGGACAUGGUGCUUAUUUUGCUGAUGAUCCUCGAAAAUCGAAUGGUUACGUGAAUCCUGAUCCAAAAACAACCCGACGUGUUAUUUUCUACAACAAGGUUUUAUUAGGCAUUGAAUCGGUACAAACUGAGACUGAUGCUACAUUGACUGCAGCACCAAUCGGUCAUCAUUCUGUUCAUGGUGCUGGAGGUUGGCCAGGCUUUCAAUUUCAUGAAUACAUCGUUUAUCGAUAUGGUCAAGCGUUGCCUUAUCUGAAAAUUACGUAUACAGCGCCUUCGUAA